AUGUCCAAGACUCUAGGUGGUUUUACUCUUAAUGUUGUUGCUGCUAAAUUCACCGACUCUCAGAUUAUACUUCUCCAUGGUCAACCUGGUACCGGCAAGACAACCUUUAUCAAACUCCUGGCUGGUGUCAAGUAUCCUGAUACCAUUCAAGGCAACAUACCCUGUCUGAGUGUCUCUUACAAGCCACAAAUCAUCAGACCCUCCCAAUUUCAUUCAGUCAGGGCGUUGUUUAAAAACCUCAACUGCAGCUUAUUUGAGGAUCCUUGUUUUGUAUCUACUGUCACAGAGCCUCUUGAAAUUUUACCACUGAUGGAUAAACGGACGACAAAUCUUUUGGAUUCUCAAUUGCAAAGGGAUGCCGAUAUAUACCUUAUAGACGAACCAACGGCAAGUCUUGAUCAGGUCGAGCGUGAUACAGCUUCACAAGUUAUAAAGAGAUUCAUACAACGCUUUAAGAGGACUGCAUUAGUGAUUGAACAUAACCACGAAGUUGCAAGUUAUCUAGCCGAUAAGGUCAUUGUGUUUGAAGGGACACCGUCUGUUAAUUGUGUCGCAAAUCCCCCUAUCCAACGGAAUGAAGUGCCAAGAUAUAUAUACCUUAUAAACGAACCAACUGCAAGUAUUAAUCAUGUCCAGCUCAUACAACACACUAAGAAAGCUGCAUUUGUGAUUGAACACAACCUUGAAGUUGCAAGUUAUCCAGCUCAUAGCGUUAUUGUGUUUGAAGGGACACCGUUGGUUGAUUGUUUUGCUAAUCCACAUUUGAAUGAGCCCUAA